AUGCACUUCCGCGCGCGCUUAGUGCUCAAGGUCGACGGCAAGCUCAAGCAGUCCAAGAAGUCGUACGAUCUGCUUGUGGACAAGAACAUGGUGUGCUUCAAGGACUCCGGAACGUUCAAGAGAUCGUUUCCCAAACCCGACACGGUCGUCGUGGGGAAGCAUGUUGCUCGGAUCCAACAAGGGUCGCGAUACUUUCUGUGCAGAUUUCCCGACCGACCGAGUUUACUCCGAUGCGUGGCAAUGCUUGGCGAGAUGGGCGUCACGAUUGUCGACUACUAUGACCUUACGCACCAAGACAGCACAAAGCAGCUCCGGGUCGCGUAUUGCGUCAGGUACAUGGGCAACGCAACACAAUUUACACAAGACUCUCGCGAUGUCCAAAGCAGCCUCCACCGCGCUUUAUUCGACCCCACUCGUUAAAUUAUGCUACAACUCUACAACGCGAUGCUCUCCACGGCGCCGUCUGGUGGUGUGUACGUGGACUCUUGCGUGUAGGUGUUAAAGUAGUAGUAGACCUGGUACGUGUCGUCCCAAUACUGCGUCCACCCGUUGCCCAUGUCCAUUCCGUACGGGGUCGCAUCCUCAUUCGUCGCCGCUGCUUCUUGGAUCGCUCCGGUGCUGCCUUCAUCCACUCCACCUCCUCGAAAUCCUCCCUCAUCCAGCUCGGCUUCUCCCAUCGUCUCGCCAUUUUCGACAAACGUCGGCGGUCGCUCAAACGUGCGUUGUCCCGUGCGUUCAUUGAAGUAAUAUGCGACGUGGUUGGCUGCCUCUUGCUUUAUCACCCACGCUUUGGCUACGUCUUCCGCGGUUGCCUUGAACGCAUUCGGCGGCAAGUACGUGCUCAUUUUGGUCGUCGGGUUGAAGUACCACUCGCGGUGACUCGUGUCGUCCACAUACUUUUCCCAGUCGCCCAACACCAAGCUCGGCUCACGGAACGGGCUCGUGCGCAGAUACCAGCCGUCCAGUUCAUCCUGCGCAAUCUCGGACGGCCACACAGACGGGAACUCGCCG